AUGACGGGCCGUGUGGUGGGGCGGAACCACUAUGAUGACGCGGACCUCGCGCACAUCCGCUCACUGAUCCAGCUGGAAGCUAAGCCGCUGAAUGUAUCGCGCAUCGCACGCGCGCUGGCGAACGAGUAUCCGAAGCAUACGUAUUGGAGCUAUUUGUCGUUCCUGCAAAAGAACCUGCGGGAUCGCCCCGACCUCUUUGAGGCGCCGCCUCCCGACGUGCUCGACGACAGCGAGGAGGAAGAACUGGACGAGGAAGCGCUCUCGGCGUUCGAUGCACAGUACGGCGCGGCGCCAGAGAGCACGCCGUCCGUGCCGUCUUUGCGUCCUGAGCAUGUGUGCAUGCUGGUCGAUGCGCUCGUCGAACUCUUGCAUUCAUCGCACUUUGAGGCAUCGGACGACGCCGUGCACGCCCUCGAGUCGUCCGACGUCCCCCUGUCUGUGUGGCAAGAGCUCGCGAGCAAGGUGCCGACGCGUCCCGAGCACAUGUGGCAGGCAUACUACGAGCGCUUCCGUGGGAUGCUGUGGGAGCGGGCCCUCGAGCAGUACGUGCCGCAGGCACCGGCUGACGUGACGCCUUCGCCAUCGCCUUCGUCCGUACACACGCCCGAAUCCACGACGCACACGCCCCAGUCCGUGCGUGUCGGGCAGCGCAGCGGUCACCACGACGCCAAGGUGCUGGCUCGUGGAGGCGUGCACCCUGAGGAGCCGUCUCCUACGGUCGAGCGGCAUCCUGCCUCGCCGCCCUCGCGCGCCGAGCGGCAUCGCGCGCGGGCGCUGUACGAGGCGCGCGUGUGGGAGCUGUGCGCGGACUAUGGCUUUGCGUCGCCGCGGCAGCUCGUGCCCUUCAUGCUCCGUGCGUCGGGCGACGUCGACGCGUGCCGCGAGUACGUGCGGCAGUACAUCGAGGGCCUCUCGCACAAGUACACGCUGGACGUGCCGACCUUGAUCGAGAUGCUCGAAGCGCAGCGUGGCGACGCCAAACUGCUCACGCGGAUCUUGGAUAUACAACUACGAGCGAGACGGGCGGCCGCGCACGAGUAG